UGCAGUGUUAAAUUAAGACAGUUGUAUUUGGCGGAUCUUCGAAUUGAAUUCAAAUCGAAGUGUACGUUACAUAAAGGACGAAUUACAAAGACAGAAAUAUUGGUCUCGAACGGUGACAUUAAUCUUACAGUUAUGCAUUACCAUUGGACGGAAUGGCAAGAUUUCAAGGUACCGAAUGACGACUUCAAAACACCAUUCUAUUUGUUACAAAAGUCACGUGCUUCACCCACAUGUACAGUGGUGCACUGUAGUGGUGGAGUGGGUCGAAGUGGUACUCUAGUGGCGAUUGAGAUGUGUCUCAUGCAGCUAGCCGCCGGACGAGCGUUGGACGUCUUCGAUAUGGUUGCUUGUCUUCGACGCAAACGAGCCCAAUCCGUUCAAACAAAAGAACAAUAUCUUUUCAUUUUCAGGUGUUAA